AUGGCCCUCGAAAAUUUUACUGAAGACGAAAACCAUAGAACUGUCGAAGAACUGUUCUGCUCGGCUGAAUUUGUCAGCAGUGUAGAGAGUGAGCUUAUAUUCUUUUCAGCUCUAAAUAUUUUUUUUUUCGUCACUGCAUUUCUGGGGAACACUCUGAUCCUAGUUGCUCUGCACAAGGAAACUUCACUUCAUCCGCCGUCCAAACUCCUGUAUCGUAACCUAGCGAUAACUGAUCUCUGUGUUGGUAUCAUUGUGGAGCCUUUGGCUGUGACUUAUGGGACUUCUGUUGUGAAAGAAAGAUGGGAUAUUUGCUAUUACGCAGUUCGGGCAGGAACUUUCCCAAGUUUUAUUUUCUGUUCAGUGUCUUUAUUAACAGUGACUGCAAUAAGCGUGGACAGACUUCUCGCGUUGUUGCUGGGGCUCGAAUACAGAGAAGUUGUAACUUUUAGAAGAACAUUUAUAACUGUGACUAGUUUUUGGAUUUUGUCCAUCGUCGUUGUAUCUACUGUGUUUUUGAAUCUUCGUAUAAGUUCAUGGUAUCUAUGCAUAAGUAUAGCUUUGUGUCUGGUCACCACAAUCUUCGCUUACGCAAAAGUUUUCGUUACCCUGCGUCAUAACCAAAUUCAUGUUCAGAGCCAUGCUGCUCAAGGACAACCGAGCCAAGCGAUUCCACUGAACAUAGCUCGAUACAGAAAGGCAGUGUACAGUGCACUGUGGGUGCAGGGAACAAUGGUUAUUUGUUAUCUGCCGUAUGUUAUAGUAGUAGCUUUGGCACUUUCUAGAGGGAUGUCUUCAUCCCUUCACCGUGCUUGGCAAUUUACGGUUACUUUAGUGUAUUCGAACUCGUCAUUAAACCCGUUGUUGUACUGCUUGAAGAUCAGAGAAGUAAGGCAAGCUGUAAAAGUAACAUUAAGGCAACUUUUCUGUUGAUCGAGUUAGCCUUCUACGCUUUCCAUCUGUUGAUUCCUGCUCUGAUAUUUAGCAGUUAACUGUAAUGUAUUGUAUUGUAAGCUCAUUUUAAGAAACAAGGCAUAUCAACUGUUUUUUCAAGGGAAACGUAUAUUGUUCCUGCUGGUUUAAAGAUGUUAUAGUUUUUAUUUAGUGGCAUGCAGUGUAAAUGGCCUUACGAAUAAACAGGUAACAAAGAAACAAAUAGGAUGGAAUAGGAUGUUGAUUUAUAUUUAGUAAUACAACAACUUUGCACGUUCAUCACGUUUUUUUGUACAUACUUCUUUGCCGUCGUUGCACGACUACGACGUGAAAGUUACUCAUUUCACUUUUUUGGAGGACGUGAACGACUUCCUUUUUGUUUUCCUGAAUUUCGAGACAAUACAGUGUUUAAUACGAAUUCACCUCCAGAAAAAAUUACCAACAUUUGCCGAAUAUUAAACGAGAUGGAAUAAGUGCGACCAGUUGACUAAAGAGUAGAUGGGCGGGUUUUAUCAACAGAGGCGAAUAUAAAAUUUCUCAUAGUACUUCUGUAUCCUUUUGAAUAUGUCCAGAGGCCGGCUUUUCAUCGAAUUUCCCAGCUUUAGAUACCCGUAAAAUUCGUCGCAGGGCAAUGUUCUCCGUUACACUGAGCAGGAAGAAGCCAUGUCCAGUUACAGCCGACCCCUCCCCUCUUUUAAAAAACAAAUCUCUCUCUCCCUAGGGGAGGGUCGUCUGUACUCAGGCUAUACUUUCUAGUAGGCCCAAACAGAACUCUAGUGUGUCAAGGUUUGGAUUUUUCAUUAUAGAGGACCCCCAGCAAAGUUUUAAGAUAUCACGCUUGCAGCUCGUUAGAAUAAGUUUGUUUCAGUCGUGGAACUGAGAAAAGUUAACAUUUGACGUGCCCUCCAAUGGGGUACAUUUGUAUAUUAAAACUUCAAAACUCUUCGAAUGUCAAAAAGGCCUUUUAAAAAGACCGUUCUCAACACGUUUCCGCCUUUUUAAGCGGAAUUCAUUCUAUGCCUUAUCAGUUAUUCGUAUAUUUGUUAAGCCACGUGAGCUGUUUUACUUAAUUGACGGUUUCCGAUAGCACAUGGACAUGAUUAAAAGGCGGCAUUCUAUAGCCCUUACUAGGAGCUAUAGUAAAACGAUAAAACAAUACUAACUAACAAUACAGUUUGAUUAAGUAUUAUGGCUCUCGGUAUUCCCCAUUUUCAGUGACAAGUUUUGACCGUUACGCGGCAAAAAUGAGUCACGUGACUAAGACUUAGAGUAGAAAAGCUCAGCAAAUGAAUGUAAACGUGGAAAGGAACCUGUUUGCGAAGUUUCACAAAGAUGGAGGAGAGGAAUGUUUCUCCUUGAAAUGAAAAUCCACCGAAUUCGUGGUUGAGUCAAAGCCUUAAUACACAUGAGAAGGAGAAGAGUGGCUCCAUCAAAUGACUUUCAUAUCUCUUUAUAGGAAAAUAAGAAGAAAUGUCUAUGUAAUUUAAAGUUGGAUAAAUUAAAAUUUUCACAGAAUGACUAAUGAGAUCUAUUGAUUGUCUCGAACAUCAAAACAUCGCUCGUUGCACCACAGGUGUUGGAGUCCUAAAAGAUAGGCUUCGUCGAAUAAUUUCAUCGCUCAAGACUAAUUUUUUUUUUCCCCUUAAGGGAAGAGCUGAGAAUAAUUAAGUAUUUAAAUUUCAGUCUCAAUUAAAGACGCAAGACAUUCUACACCUCCUGUGUUGACUUUACCAAUGGUCAAGUUUUAUUGCGUGGGCCGGCUGCAACGUUGGCUAAUAGCUUAAGCCUGAAAAAAAGUAUCCCUUUUUGGUGAAGCCUUUCCCAUCAAACGAUAAAGUACACUCUUCCCCGUGGCUUAUACCGGAACUGAGCUGCUAUAAAAAUUGAGACAUCCGUCAAAACUUCUGAUCAGUGAAGUAGAAAUAAUUGAGGCGCAAAAACCACUUUUUUAUCAAAAUGUAAUAUGAGGCAAUUACUUUUUUUGAAAAAAUGCUUAAUUUAAGAUGAAGGAUCACCGGAGGGGUUAUAGCCUGUUUAGGUGUUCAGAUAUUGGGACGACGACAUGAGGCUAGAAGAGGUUCGUAAAGAUCCAAAAAAUGAUCCACUGUAAACAAAGGCCUUCUAAUGCUUGCUAACGUUUUCUAAGACACUCAGUUUUGUCAGGAAAAAUGCAAAUGUUAGUGACUGUGUAAUUAAUGCUCAGGAAAUUAGUUAUUAAAACAGGGUACCCUCUCUAAGAGAUAGGCAGGUGGGCAGUAAUAGUUCGUUUUUUUAGGAGUGAACAAAAGCCCACGUUCCAUAUAUUAAAAUUCUAACAUGACUCCGAGACUCCGAGACUCCGAGACUCCGAGACUCCAAAACUCCGAGACUACGACACUCCAAAACUGCAGGUUUUUUUACGACUCCAUUGUCCCGCAAUUCCCGGAAGAGAUUUGAGCACAAAGAACACCAAACCAAAUAUAGAAAAAUGACCAGAAAGCCUCGAAGUCAUGUUAGAAUUUUAAUAUAUCGCAUGUGGGCCAUUGUACUGUAUGUCGAUCAUCUAAUUUCACGAGACCUCUAAUAGUUUUCUGUCUCGUUGCAGGUUCAUAAGACCUGCUUGUUUUUGUUAAAAGGGGUGGUUAUAAACAGUUAUGAAACAAGAAAGAUUAAGAACUUUUAAUUAAAAACAGCGUGCGUUUACCUGAUUAGCUCUCUGACAAGAUAAUGCAACCAAUUGGUGAAAAUAGAAUAUUAAAUACCUAUUUUCUCCAAAGACCCCUUAGGUCUGAACAGGGUUAAAAUACCAGGUAUUAAUAUCGGCGGGAAUUAACAUACCCGUAAUAUAUAAGAAACGAGUGUUAUUCAUGUUACAUCUUAUGAUAUAAUAAGACUAAUAACAGACACCAAAAUUAACAAAAUUAAACUCAGCUCUGUUUUGUUUUCGUUAGAAACAGGAUCGUGAUGCUUUACAGAUUGAAGAAUUAGCAGCGUCAAUACCUAGCCUUGGCUAAUUACAUUUAACUUUAAAGAUGAAGGAAUGUUAUUCUUCCUCAUUGACAUCCCGCAUUUUAUAUAAGAGUGAUAUAUAAAUGAAGGGUUUGCUUCCCCUAAGAUGUUCAUGAUGUUUUCGUACGUUUUCCCUUUCAUCAAAACGGACCCAAAAUUAAGCGUUACCCUAAUUGAGUCUCAAUUGUUUUAAACAUGUGGAUAUCUUUUUUCAGCCAUUUUAACAUGCGUGGUCAGUACGUAAAGCAAAUAUACCUAAUUACAAUAACGUUGUCUUAGAAAAAUUUAAUUGGGAAGGAGUGGUGGCUAAAGCUUACAUUAAACCUUAAAAAAUCUUGAGUUAUUGGAAUUUCCUUGAAAUUACUGCGAUAUGUCACGUUGCCAUGUAAUGCGCCGCCAACAAAAAAAGUUAUUUAAAUCAACGGCGAGUUUAGGUUUCACCUGUGACAUAACACCUGGCUCAUCAUAGUUCGGUCAGUUAGACUGAAGACCCUUUUUUGUAUGUUAAUGCUUUUUGCAAAUUGUUUCUGACCAAUAAUUCUGAAACUGAUGCGGCAAAAUGAAAAAGGGAAUUACAAUGCCGAUGCCCGUUUAGUCAAAUAGUUGCCGUGACUUGAAAGAUAACAAAUUGAUACUCUGUAUCUCCUUUCACCCAAAUUAAGAUUCUGAGUAUUUAUAUAAAACACUCAAUUGUAGGUCAUUGCGUCUCAGAGGAGUAGUAUGGCACUGACAAAUUUCACCGAAGAUGAAAAUCAGAAAAAAGUCGCUGAACUGUACUGCUCGGCUGAACUAUUCAGAGGUGUAGAUGGCGAACUUAUCUUCCUCUCAGCUCUAAACGUUUUCCUGUCCAUUGCAGCAUUUCUGGGGAACACUCUGAUCCUAGUUGCCCUACACAAGGAAACUUCGCUUCAUCCGCCGUCCAAACUCCUGUAUCGUAACCUGGCGAUAACUGAUCUCUGUGUUGGUAUAGUUACAGAGCCUUUGUUUGUGACUUAUUGGACUUCUGUUGUGAACCGAAGAUGGGAUAUUUGCCACUACACGAGGCUGGUACUAUUUUUCUCAGGUUCUACUUUGUGUUAUGUGUCUUUAUUGACACUGACCGCUAUAAGCGUGGACAGACUUCUCGCCUUGUUGCUCGGGCACAGAUACAGACAAGUUGUAACUUUGAAACGAACACAUAUAGCUGUAACUGGUUUUUGGAUUUUGUCCAUUGUAGGAGCAUCUACAACCCUUUGGAAUACUCUUAUAACUUUAUGGUUUCAACCCAUCUUUGUAGCUCUUUGUCUAAUGACCACAAUGUUCGCUUACACAAAAAUUUUUCUCUCUCUGCGUCAAAAUCAAAUUCGUGUUCAGAACCAUGUUGCUCAAGGACAACCGAGCCAACCAAUCCCAUUGAACAUAGCUCGAUACAGAAAGGCAGUGUACAGUGCACUGUGGGUGCAAGGAACAUUGGGUAUUUGUUAUCUUCCAUAUAACAUAGCCGUCUUUUUGACACCUCGGAGAGGGAUGCCUUUAUCGAUUUACCUUGCCAGGAAUUUCACAGUUAGCAUGGUUCUCUUAAACUCGUCAUUAAACCCGUUGCUGUACUGUUGGAAAAUCAGAGAAGUAAGGCAAGCUGUAAAAGAAGCAUUAAGGCAACUCUUCUGUAGAUCGAGUUAGUUUUUUUACGGUUUCCAUCCGUUGAUUCGUGCUCUAUUUAAAACUUGCUUUCAAGGUAAAAUUAUCUGGAUUUAACGCAGUUAACGUUAUCACUGUAAAUGUAUUGUAUUGCAUUUUAUUGUUGCUGUCCUGUUGGAAGGUCAGAGAAAUAAGACAAGCUGUAAAAGAAACGUUAAGGCAACUCUCCUGUUGAUCGAGUUAGUUUUCUGAGCUUCUCAUUCCAGCUCUCUCUUGCCAGCUCUUAAUUCUACUUGAAUCCUGGUUGAUAUUAAGCGAUUUUUAACUGUAAGUAUACUAUAUUGAAAGCAUAUUUUAUGACGGCAUGUAAUCUGUUCUGUAGGGGAAGAAUAUUAUUCUUGGUCUAAAAAUCCAAAGGUGUUAUCUUUAUUGUUUAGUGACAUGAAGUGUAAACAACACGCAAGAGCUUGUUCAUUUACGAAUAAAGAGCUAAUAAAGAAAUAUUGUUUAAGGGCUCCUUUCCUUUGUCUCUUCUUCUUCAUUGUUUCCAAUUCCAAAAAUCUCUUAAUUUCAUUAGGAUGCAAAUGAAAGAUACUGAAAGGGCACAUAUUAACAUUGCCUAAAAACAUUUGCUUAAUGAUUAACACCUACGGGUUACCCUCCCCUGAGCCCCUCGAGGUUAUGCGAUUGCCUAGUCCCCAGGUUCAUUAAUCCGCGGGGCCUACGUCACCGAAAUGCAUUGACCGAGAACGCCUAGGAAGACGCUGGACAUGGCAACCUCGUCUCCAGGGCGCUUUUCUCUGGCUUUGGGAGUGGGGCAAGAUAGUUGUGCCUUAGUAAACUACUGUGGGUAUUGACUACACAAUAACAUUUUACAUUUUGCCGAAACACGGUCACAAAAGAAAAAUUGUAGCAUGUGUCAGAGGGCGCUCGUUUUUGUUUACGAAAAAUGUUUCCUUUUGGCGUGAAAGCAAAUCCACGCGACCGCAUUUAAAUGUUUUGCAAGAAAGUGCCACCAUCGUACUAUGUAAUAUACCCGAAAAACCUAGCUUUAUUAUGAGGGGGGUACAAGAACUUUAUCGGUAAGUACUAACUGUUAAAUACUUGGACAAACGACGGCGAAGUAAAACCGGAUCUUGGUGUUGAUCAGGAUCAGUAAUGAGAAUAAAACGUAAAGUCAAAUGCAAGCUGGCAGCCAAAAGAUAGGGUAUUAUUUAAUUGCCCGAUAUUUUGGGUAGACAAUACUAUCCUUCGUCUGGGGCUACAAAAAGCAAUAAUAAAUUCUUUUAAAUAAGCGGUUGAAAAAAAAAAACAACAACAACAAACAGUCGAUACUUCGCUUCCUCCAUGAGUUUUUGGAAGAAAAUCAAAAGUACGAAUAACAAGAAUCUGUGUGUCGAGAAUUUAUUUGCCGGACUAAAAGGUAUAUUAACAUAAAAAGCAGCCAGCAGGUGUUUAAAAUGGUUAGGGCCGCUUUGUUAAAAGAAGACAAAUUGAGGUGAUAAUCAAAAUUAGUAGAAAAAUAUUGUUGCUAUAGUGAAUAUCAUUAUUUUAUACCCAAGCAUAAUUGAUAGUUAUGGGGUUUCGUUCACUUUAACGAAACGUGUGUCCUUAUGGAUAUUGCUAUUUUGCUUUUUUAACGGAUGAGCUGUUGGCAAGAAAUCUAGGGAAAAGAAAAUUAAAAACACGAAUAGCAAGAAUCUAUAUGUGUCGUGAAAUUUUAUGUACUGGGCUAUAAAACAUAUAUUAACAUAAGAAGUAGUCAGGUGUUUCAAAUGAUCACGGAUGCUAAGCAGGCUAAGUUUUAAAAAAAGACAUAAGCUAUAAUCAAAACUAUUCUAAAGAAAAUUUUUCUUAGUUGCAAGUUAGAGUGGAUAUCUUUAUUUUAUACCUAAUUAUUAUUGAUAGUUAUGGGGCUCACUCAAUCGAAACCUAUCUCAACCGGCCCAAAAAUUAUAAACAAACCAGUUUGGCAUCUUUGGACUGUUAAGACUUCCUUUCUACAAGAAAACUCUUUGCAAAUGUCUGUCAAAGCUGGCCGCGCACGAAUUAGCAGUUUAAUUGUUGAAUAAUUAAAGGCCCUUUCUAAGUUUCUUUUUCCAGUCAUCUGAAGUCGGUUAAUAACUCACAUGUAUUACGCUCUGCUAGGAGACUCGAGCAUAUUUGUAUGCAGCUUGUGUUGAAUUGACCGAAUUACUGGAACUUACAGCGAUGUUAAGGAAGAAAACGUCAUGCAGACUUGUCUCACCGACAACAUAUACCUAAAAAGUCAUUAAAAUGGUCCGUAAGUCAGUUUCACCUGACUCAUUAUAGUUCGACUAAUGUUUGUUUGAAAAACUAGACAACUUUGCUGUAUCCUUUUUCCUCGUGUGGUACGACUAAAAACAGAAUUAAUUUUUUUCGUCAAAGUUUUGUAGAAAAAGUUGAUAAAAAUUAAAACAAGAAGAAUAUACCAAGGUCCGCAUUAUCGCACAUCCAUAACAAACAACAUUACCGCAGCCCACACAGUUUGAUGUGUUUGCUGACUGUCAAGACUUUCUACACUACUGAAAACUCAUUAAAAUCGUCAGUGAGUUAGUUUCAACAGGCUCAUUACAGUUCGGUGUCAGCUUGAAACACUUCAUUGUUUUUGCUAAACCCUGACUACAGCUUUUAAGAACAAAAUAAAACUCAUCUCUUUUGUUUUUGUUUGAAACACGGAUCGUGAUAAUUACUCGAGAAUUAGCAAAUAAAAUAACCGCGUCAAAACACUUGCACUGAGAUGGUCAUGACGUGUUCGUACGAUUUCCCUUUACCCCGAGUGUUAAUUGUUGUAAACACGUGGAUAUCUUUUUCCAGCCAUCUUAACCAUACGCGUAGUCCGUAAAAGCGCAUAUACACCUGAUUGGAAUCAACAUGUCUCAGAAAAAUGGUAAAGGGGAAAUUUGAGAUUUGACAUUUUCCCCGCAUUUUAUUCAUGAGAUAAAGACAAAAGGCUAUAUAUGACGUCAUCAGCGUUAAUGUUUUCAAUAAUGAGAUUUCAUUUCGACAAAACUGAAUCUCUUAAUUUCAUCCCUACUAAAUUGUUAUCACUUCUUUCUUGGUGUAAACUCAGAAUAAGUAACAUUAGCAUGCAAAUGAAAGAUAUUAAAAGCGCAUCGACGUUUAAAAAAAGCACUUUAGGAGCAUUCAACAUAUUAACAUAAAUAAAAUGGCCUCUCUGAUACUGGUAAAAGCAUCUCUUUAAUGAUUAACACAUCCUACGGGUUGCCCUCCCCAGAGCCCCACGAGGUUAUUGGAUUGGCUGGUCCCCAGGCUCAUUGGUCCGCGGGGCCAACGUAAACAAAACACAUAGCACGAAGGCCUGGGACGUAAGCAAUUCAAGUUCUGUUGCACAUGUAUUUGUUGUGUAUAAGAUGUGGCAAGAUAUAAUUGUUUUAGUAAAUUUCUGUGGGUAUUGACUACACAAUAACAUUUUGCCAAACUAAAAAAAUUAAAACAUGUAUUUACGCUCUGCUAGGAAAAUUCUGAUGACUCAAGCAUAUUUGCAUGCAGCUUGUGUUGCUGGAUCUUACAGCGAUGUUAAUGAAGAAAACGUCACGUAGACUUGUUGCACCGACAACAGUCCGGGCCACAACCAGAUCUGGAUAUGUGAUGACGUCACCCACAUUUGCAAAAUGGCGCCCACGCCGAGAAACACGAGGGAAGGUCACUUCCAGGCUCUUUGCUGCGCCUAGAAGUGUCUUUUCCCCAUACUACUUUGAGAGCUGUGACUUUAGACAAUGAGAAAUCAGGGGUGUGAAGAAAAAAUGCCGUCCGAUGAACGUUUGUGUGUUCUUGGGAGGUAAAAAGACCGAACACGAGAGUCGGGAGAGUUUCAGCUCAAAGAAAUGUUGGACAAGGCGCAAGACAUCUGAAAAAAGAAGGUGAGUUUCAAUUUUCUGAUCCUUGAAAAAAUGUUUUGUAAUCUACAUAAAAUUUGCUUGUUGGUGGUAGUCUUUUUCGUGUAGUGCAUAGCGAAUUCAAAUAGUGCUGUGCUUUGGAAGAUGCAACAGUCAGUUGCGCCGUUCACGUGCCGGUUUUCAUUGUAACGCCAUGUUUAUUUUAUGUUAUCUUGCAGUCGGAUGAAAAAGCAAAAGCACCUUGUUUUUGUGGCAAAAAGAUGCCGCCGGUUUGUUCGUGGAGAACCGUAACCAUGGACUUGCCUGAUCACAAAGUGGCAAUAACAAAACAGUUCAAACACUGUUAAGCUUAUUCAAAAGCUAUUAUCAAGGAAGGGAAUACGCGCUCCAGUCAGAAGACUCACAUUUAUAGAAAAACACCAAGCUGGAGUCUACUGAGUCAUAAUGCAUUUCUCCAUAGUUGAUGCAGCUUCAGUUAAAACUGCAGUUAAUUCUUAUAAUUUUGUAUCUGUUAAUCACUAUCUGUGAUAAUUUAACAUCCUGCAAAGAAAACUCAUGAGCUGGGCCCCGCGUGAUACAACAUUGCAAAAAAAAAAAAAAAAAAUUAUUUACAUUCACGGACUAACAAAAAUCGCUUAGUUAUUCAGAUCCAGAAGGCACUUUGGAGAAAAUCAGAACCCUUAUUCAGCCGCAAUAAAAUGCUUUACGCUUCAAAAACUGAGGUCACAGAAAAUGCUGAAAAUCCUUCAGACCAGAUACAAAAAAACCACAGUAAAUCGAUAUGUGUGCCGUAAUGAUCUCUCAGUGUGAAACAAGCGGCUAAAUUCACAAUUGCUCAGUAAAAAUGGGGUACAACCUUCCAGAUCAUAACCUACCCAACAGAAGAAAAAAACUUAAUUGGAACGAGCAGCAUUUUUGCAUGAGGUAAAAAUCGUGUAGGCCACACAGUUUGACAGUUUUUUUUGUCAGUGAGUUAGUUUCAACAGGCUCAUUAAAGUUCGGUGUCAGCUUGGAAAACUUCACUGUUUUUGCUAAACCCUGACUACAACUUUUAAGAACAAAAUAAAACUCAUCUCAUUUGUUUUUGUUUAAAACACGGAUCGUGAUAAUUACGGAAGAAUUAGCAAAUAAAAUAAACUCGUCAAAGCACUUGCACUGAGAUGGUCAUGACGUUUUCGUGCGUUUUUCCCUUACCCUAAUUGAGUGCUAACCAGCCAUCUUAACCACACGCGUGCACUGGUCACCCAGCCGGCAUCUACACCUGAUUGCAAUGAAUUUGUCUUAGAAAAAUGGUAUAAUUAAAAGGGAAAUGAAAAUAGAAAAAGCCAAAUAGGCGUUUUGGGGGCAUAGAAGCAAAGACAGUAGGCGUAUGUUGAAAAUAAAAAACGGCAAGCCUAAUUAAUUUCGAUUUGUUUUUUUGCGUUUUUAAUUUCAGUUCCUUUCCUCUGAUUUAACUAUAACAACGCUAUUGCAAUUAGGUCUACAUGUAUCGCUUAACUUCUGGGAAGGAGUGAUUGCUCAAGCUUAUAGUAAACUUUAAAAAAUCUUGAGUUAUCGGAAUUUCCUUCAAAUUACUGCGAUGUCAAGUUGCCAAUGCGCCGCCAACAUAAGACCUAAAAAGUUAGGAAAAUCAUCCGUGAGUUUAAGUUUCACCUGUGACAUAACACCUGGCUCAUCAUAGUUCGGUCAGUUAGAUUGCUCGACCUUUCUUGGCCCUGUGAGCUUUCUUUUACGUUUAGUUAAUAGAUUUUGCACGUUUCUGACUCUAUAAAUUACUUCUGAUCAUUAUUUAUUAAUACGCAACAAAUGAACGUUUAUAGCCCGUUUAGGUAAAUAGUCUUGACUGUAGACAUGUCGACAUGAUAUCAGCUUUGACCCAAAUUCAAAUAGUAUAUUUAAAUAAAACUCUCACUUGCAGGUCAUUGCGCCGAAGUGGAAAAUGGCCCUGGAAAAUUUUACUGAAGACGAAAACCAUAAAACUGUCCAAGAACUGUACUGCACGGCUGAAUUUGUCAGAGGUGUAGAUGGCGAGCUUAUAUUCCUUUCAGCUCUAAAUAUCUUUUUUUCCGUCACUGCAUUUCUGGGGAACACUCUGAUCCUAGUUGCUCUGCACAAGGAAACUUCACUUCAUCCGCCGUCCAAACUCCUGUAUCGUAACCUAGCGAUAACUGAUCUUUGUGUUGGUAUCAUUGUAGAGCCUUUGUUUGUGACUUAUUGGACUUCUGUUGUGAAAGAAAGAUGGGAUAUUUGCUAUUACGCACUUUGGGCAGUAACUUACUCAGGUUUUAUUUUGUGUACAGUGUCUUUAUUAACAUUGACUGCAAUAAGCGUGGACAGACUUCUCGCCUUGUUGCUGGGGCUCAGAUACAGACAAAUUGUAACUUAUAGAAGAACAUGUAUUUAA